UCUUGUGACGUCAUGACGUAGGAGAGGCGUCAGUUCAUGUACGGAAAUAAAUUGAACGGCCUGUUCAUUAUUAUAUACUCUGAUCCGUGCAAUGGGCAGCUUAUGUCUGGCUACGAGUCGUUGUUUUGUUCGUCAGAGUUUUCCGGGGCUUCCGAGCAUGCUGAGCCGCCAGUACAGCAUGAAUAUUUCCGCCGGGCUGCUGCGGACGCAGAGCUUUAUCGACGGCCGCUGGGUGUCGGCCUCCUCCACCUUCCCCGUGCUGGACCCGGCUACUGGACAGGAGCUGGCGCAGGUCUCAGACUGCGGACCUCAGCAGACUCAGGAAGCUGUUAACGCCGCGUACAAAGCAUUUUAUUCAUGGAAGGCUCAAACUGCAAAGGAAAGGAGCCUUCUCCUACGGAAGUGGUUUGAUCUACUCAAUCAAAACAAGGAGGAUCUGGCCAAGCUUAUUACAGCGGAGUGUGGCAAACCCAUGAAGGAGUCCCUCACUGAGAUUGCGUACUCUGCAUCUUUUCUUGAGUGGUUCUCUGAGGAAGCCCGUCGUGUCUAUGGGGACGUUGUUGCACCAGCAGCCAAGGACCGUAAGAUAUUGCUGCUCAAACAGCCAGUGGGUGUGGCCUCUAUAAUCACCCCAUGGAACUUCCCCAGUGCCAUGAUCACCAGAAAGGUGGGAGCGGCCCUGGCAGCCGGCUGUACAGUAGUGGUAAAGCCUGCUGAAGACACACCCCUUUCUGCUUUAGCACUUGCUGAGCUAGCAGUGCAGGCUGGAAUCCCUCCCGGUGUGUUUAAUGUGGUACCCUGCUCCAGGGAGAAGACCCCUGCUGUGGGUGAAAUCCUCUGCACUGACCCUCUGGUGGCCAAAGUCUCAUUCACCGGCUCCACUGCCACGGGCAAGAUACUGCUAAAGCAUGCUGCUGAAACUGUCAAGAGGGUGUCAAUGGAGUUGGGUGGACAUGCUCCCUUCAUUGUCUUUAACAGUGCUGAUGUGGACAAAGCUGUAGCCGGUGCAAUGGCCUCCAAAUUUAGAAACUCCGGCCAAACCUGUGUAUGCUCCAACCGCUUUUUGGUGCAGAGUAAGAUCUAUGAUGUAUUUAUGGAGAAGCUGGGGAAGGCAAUGGACGCAGAGCUGAGAACAGGCCAUGGAUUUGAUCCCACAAGCACUCAGGGGCCCUUGAUCAAUGUCCGUGCUGCUGAGAAGGUGGAGCAUCAGAUCAUGGAUGCUGUCUCACAAGGGGCUGUUGUAGUGAAAGGUGGAAAGAGACUUGAGGGUUCUUUCAUGCAGCCCACACUGCUGUCCAACGUCACAACUGACAUGCUAUGUAUGCGAGAGGAGACUUUUGGUCCGCUGAUACCUGUUCUCAAAUUCAACACAGAAGAGGAGGCUCUUGCCAUUUCUAACGCAUCCUCAGUUGGAUUAGCAGGCUACUUCUACUCUCAGGACCUGAGUCAGAUCUGGCGAGUGGCUGAGCAGCUGGAGGUGGGAAUGGUUGGGGUAAACGAGGCUCUUAUGUCCACAGCAGAAGCUGCAUUUGGUGGGGUUAAACAAUCAGGCCUGGGAAGAGAGGGCUCCAAGUAUGGCAUUGAUGAGUACCUGGACGUAAAGUACAUGUGUAUUGGUGGGCUUAAUAUCUAAGCAUGAUUCUACUAUCUGUUUAUUCCUUGCUAAAUAAAAUCAAGAAAUAAUGAAAGGACAUUACAUUAGAGCACUGUGAAUGAAACUGUAACAGAUGGUGAUUAUAGGGACUGAUACAUGUGUCAAGCGAAAAGCACGUUUGUGAAAGAGAAAAAUAAUUAAACCAGAGAAGAAAGUAUGUUAUUUUUUUGUAUAUAUCCUCAUGAUCAUUCUAAUAAUUCUUAACAUUGUCUGGUGCUAUCUGGCAAAAAAAAAAAAAUUGUGUGGGGAGGAACACUUUGCACCCUCAGUGGUACUUAUCACCCAUUGUCCACCUAAUACUCAACUAGUAAACUGCAUCUCUGUCUCUGAAAAAGUGUAUAAUACAAUUUUUUGGGAAAAACACAUUAAUGUGUGUUAAAUGUACUAUAUGAGUAAAUGGUGUUUUAAGCAGUUCUAUGGUUAAUAGUCUUGUGAAUAGUUGUUGUAUUAAGGAAUUUAUUUUUGUAAAAAUGUUUACUACCUUUUAAUUAAAAAAUGCUGACAAGGGAUGGACUAAGAAAAAUAGAAUAUAGUAUUGUUUAAGUGCCAUGAAUCUGUGAACUAUUUUAUAUAUAUUUUUUUAAUAUCUGAAAAAUUAUUUUGUGGCCAUUUCAGUGUCAUUUGCCAUAUUAAUAUAUCUUUAUGUUAUGUGAUUGGUCAGAUCAUUAAUCAAAAUCAAGUAUGCUUUACCAUCUGAUUGGCUUUAUGCUGCUUUAGACAAAAAAAAUGCAAUUAAACCAGAUUUUAACACUCA